GCGCACAGCGAGCAAACAAGCAACCAAACGUCAAAACCAAGGCUAAGUAUACCGCUCAACUACACUACCAACCCGAGCUAUACCAACUCUCCAGCCAUGUUCAGCACGUGGGAUCUCGUCCGACCGCGCUUCUGGUACCCCCUGUCGUCUCUGGAGCAGUCCAUGAUGGACCUCGAACACAUGAGCAACCUCAUGAACCGCUCGCGCUUCCCCUUCGACAUGGGCAGCGAGAUGCUGGCGGCGCCAAGCAAUGUUGACGACGACGAAUUCUUCCGGGAUCUGCCUGUGCUUUUGCGCGAGCAGAGACCGGCGACGCAGCACCGCGAGGUCGCUACACAGCCGACAGAAAAGGAGACCGAUAACGUAGCGCACGACCCGACUCCGACCCGUGAUAACGACCCGAACAAACAGACCGUCAAGGCCAAGGUCACCACUAGCACGAAGGCAUUGAACAAGAAGCAGAAGCAGCAGUCCGACAACUCUGACAGCUCGAAUGUCGAUGCCGACAGCCAGUACCGCCGCGCCUUCUCGUCCUACACGUUCAGCAGCUCGUCCAUCGUGGACGACAAGGGGCGGCGCGUGACAAGCUCGCGGCGCCGCUACGAAGACUCGACGGGCCGUCUGAAAGCGGUGCACGAGCGACAGAUCGAGGGCAAGAAGCUGCGUACGACGUGGAACCGCAUGCGCCCCGACGACGAGGGUCAGCACGAAGCCAUCUGCUCGAGCGGCACGCCCGACGAGUUCGAGACUCUGUGGCAGCCGGAGAGGCACAGAAGAAGACUAUCAAGGACCAACAGCGCCAGCAACAGCUGCAACCAGGACAACAGACCAAGACGCUGCAGCAGUAACAGCUUUCGGAGUCGGACGCGGAAAAGAAGGCAGCUCCGAUGGAGGAGUAAACUGCGUAAAAAGUAGUUAGUGUUACCGACUCAUCUCACUCUGAUUAAUUAACUUUUUUUAGCUAGGAAAUUCUGUGAAGGUAACAAUGUGUAUGCAAUC